GCUAGGUCUACGCAGAGUUUUGCAUUAACACUUCACGCAAUCAUGUUGAAUUUAGUGUGCAGCUGUUACAGUAAUGAUCUCGCGGAUAUGAAAGAUCAUUUAACCAGUAGAAUAUCCAUAACAUAACCAAAGGAGAUAGUAUAUACCUUUGGCUUGACAACACAACUCUAUUAGAAAUGUCUAACGAACGACAAACAGAUAGGUGUGCCGAACAUGAGUCGACUCCACUACAAAACACAAGCGGACACGACUCCGAAAGCAAGCAUGAGGAUGAGGAUGGCGAAUCAACUACAUCGUCCAUACACGGCCCACCGUUUCUGGUUGAGCUACGAAGUAACAGGUCAACACAAUGCCAGGUUGUUCUGAGUACGUGUGUGGCGUUCGCCUUUGGAGUGCUGGGAUGGUCUAAAGGUCAGAUUGGACCAGCUUUUCUCGACAUCAUGACUAUUUCUGGUGCUGACCUCGAGACGGGAUCGGCCUUUAUAACAGCAUACUUUGUAGGGCGUGUGGUAGGAUCCUUAUUGUGUGGUGUUCUUUACUCAAAGGUCAACACAUAUAUGCUACUAGGUAUCGCAAUGACGGGCAACAGCGCCAUGUUUGCAGUUAUUCCGUGGUGCACGGCGUAUGAACUGAUGAUUGUUGUGCAUUUCUUGCAUGGAUUAGCUGGAGGAUUACUGGCAGUUGCCCUGAUAUCUAUAGCCGUGUCCAUAUGGGGAGUGACAGCUCGAGGCCGCGCGUACCUUAACAUCUUCUACGCUGCCUUCGCUGUGUCUGGUCUAUUUUCUCCCAUUGUGACAUCACCCUUCCUACUUCCAGCACAAUCCUAUUCGAAUAUAAAUGCUACAUCAUGGAAUGUUUCUAUCCACACAAUGCAUAGCAUUGAUGUUUCAACAACAUCCAGUAUCAAUGUUUCUAAUACUAUGACAGUUCUACAGACUAAUGUGACCAACUUUCUUAAUCCAAAGUCAAACCUGUACAAAGCGUAUUCUAUAUCAGCUUGUGUUGCCUUUUUAGCAGGCAUUCCGUUCAUUGUUCUCUUCUUUAGGCCAACUACAUCUAACACAAACAGCUCUAAAGGUGCCGAAUUUCGUUUCCUUGGAAGUCUUCCGGUCGUUGUGAAGGUUCUACAGUUGAUAAACGUUGGAAUAUUUGCUGCUGUUUUCAACGCAAUUGACUUCACAUUCAGCGGCUUUUUGACUGUGUUUUGUGUUCAAUAUUUACAGUGGACAAAAACUACAGGAUCUAUGCUGACUUCCGUUGUAUUUGGCGCCACACUUACAGGGAGGAUUCUCGGAAUAUUUCUUGUCCACCACUUCAACUCACUCACGAUUCUCAUGUUUUCCACCAUAGUGUGUUCAAUAGGAUUUUUAGGGCUUUCGUUAAGCGCCCUUGCAUAUGUGGAUGCCGGAAUCUGGAUAUCUGUCUGUAUUCUUGGAAUUCCGCUUGGUAUAGGUUGGCCAAGUAUAUUGAGUUGGUCAAAUGAACAUUUUGUCCCUGCGUGUGGCAAAAUGACUGCUUUCUUUAUGGUGACAGCGUUCACUGGUGCUCUCCUUAGUCCUCUUUUGUUCGGAUACAUAAUGGAAGAAAUAUCCCCGAUAUGGUUCUGCUAUUUAGGCCUGGGGAAGACCUUGAUUAAUAUCGUGAACGUCGUACUAAUACUUAUUUAUUCUAGAUUUUCCAGAGCAGCUUCACUCAUACUGACGACAAAACAAAGUGCAAGAGUAACAUAAGAGUAUUAUUACCAUUCUCAAAUUAACUGUCCUGUCGAUUGAUAAAGGAUUAUAUGAUGAAAUAUUUACAUUUACACUGCAAUGUCAUAAUGUAAACUUAGUUAAAUUCGUUUCGGGUCAUCCGACUCUGAACUGAGAAUAUAGGUUAUAAGAACGUGACCAAAAAGAGAACAGAGAAAAAGACAUUGAAGCAGAAUUAAAUUCCUUUGAUGUUAUAUGCCUAACUGAAACACAUCUGACUGACAGCAUACCAGAUAAUGCAAUAACAAUAGACUCACACACCAACAUCCCCCAUCGUAAAGAUAGAACUAUAGGUUAUGGAGGAGGAAUAGUAAUUUAUUCUAAAAAAAGCUGUUAAACUCUAAGAAGAAUGGACUUGAAGUAACAGUUGAACGUCAUAAGUUCUUGCUAGGAUGUAUGUAUAGACCAGCCUCAAUUGUAAACUAUUGGAAUAAGUUGGAUGAUAAUUUAACCAUAGCUACAGAUUAAAAAUCCAGACAUUAUCAUCACUGGCGACAUCAAUGUUGACAUGUUAAGCAUACAGCCUAAUUCACUUCUCUCAAGACUCCUAACUAAAUUUAAUUUGAAAAGGAUAAUAAAUCAACCCACAAGAAUUUCAGAAAAUACCUCAACAGCAAUCGAUGUAGUUUUUACUAACAAUUGUAAUUUAAUUAAAAAUACUGCUGUUGAAACACCUUUUUGGAGCGACCACUCACCAAUAUUUAUUGAAAUAUCAUAUACCACAUUUAAGCAUACAUGCUACAAUACUAUGUUGAGGCUGAUUUUGAAUCAAUGAAUAAUAUAAUUAAUGAUAUUGACUGGCAAUCUCUAUGGACCCGUUUGAAUGACAUAUACAGACAUAUAGGAACAU